AACUUUCACCUCCCUGGCAGAAGACGUUGAGUACUUGACACGUUACGUGCGUGAUUGUGCGAAAUAUAAAAGCUAUCGCCACGAGACCGUUGCACGUGCUCAAGUAGAUAGUGAUUGCAAGAAAACAAUCAACAUGUUUUCUGCAACCAGUUUGGAAGCGCAGAAGUUGAUUUCUGUGUCGAUAGGGAAAAUGAAUGCCUCUCGAGUUACUCGAACUGGCGCAAGUUUACAUAAAUCACUACUCGUGGCCACAGUGUUACAUAAGGCCCGAAACGUUUAUUUCGAAGAAGAGCGUGAAAGGGUGGCAAAAAUUGCACCUGUAGAGGUUACCGUGACUCCAGUGUGUCACUUAAAUAACCCACAUCUAAAUGUUAACACUCUGAAUUCAAGAGACAAUAAGGAAAAUUCCCGAUCCGAGUGUCGUGAAGAUGAGGUCGCAAUCCCUGAAUGCGUGAGUGAGCAAAGCAAAUUGCCACUUGCUGAAGCAAAUACAGAUUACAAUGUCACGCAUACAACUAACACGACAACUACGGUAACGUCUGUGACGAACUCCUCAACCGUGACAACAACCAGCUUAUCUCAAAGUUCGAGAAAGAGAAGACGAGUGAGUGACCAAGAAACAGCUGCAGCAGUGUCAUCAAUUCUUCCUAAACGCUUACGAUCCGAAUUGAAAGUAGAAUCGUUUGCCAGUAACCGGCCAAUCGAUGCUACUAAAUCGUUUCCAAACGAUGCUCUUCAAGCGUCUAGUAUUGAAUUCAAUAAUAAUGACACUGCGUUGAUGGAAGAGACCUCACUUAUUAAAACAAGCAUAGAAAUCUCCAUCGCAUGCGGGGACCUUCAUUCAAGACUAGAAGCGAAUCCCGAAACUGAAAGUGCUGAGCGACCUGCCGGCUCCUCGGAACGCAAGUCCAGCAGGAGUUCCUCGUCCUCAUCAGAAGACUCGGAUUCUGACGACGAUGCAUCAUCGGACACAUCUAAUAACUGCGAAGAAAUGGAAGUAGAUCAAUUAACAUCCCUCGUUUCCUAUUUUAGUUUUUCACAAUCACAAAAACAGUCGGAGUUUUGUCUGUCUCCGAUUCAUCCAACUGGACCGCACACUGUCGCACUAACAGCGUGAUAGUGUUAAUUAUUGUGAUUUCUCCAAGUGCCUGUCUUGACUGGUAGUUUAAUCGUCGGAACUCGGAAAUGAUGAUGUAUGUCACGCUUCCCAGAUCUAUCAGUUGGCGAAAAUUUCAGUGCUCAAUAUAAAUUCGUGUGUAUAUAAGUCAUCUGUACCUGACUAUAGUUUCCUUGGUUUAAUACUUACUUUUAAUGCUAGUCAAUCACUUUGCAUAAAUGACAGCACAAUACUCAAGUUGAGAUUGAAUUGGAUUUUAAUCAUUUAGCUAUAAUAGAAAAUGCAGUACAUACACCGUAAAAGCCGAAGUGCGUGUAAUCGUGAUCUGAACGCUAUGUUCACGAAAUGUUUUUUGUUGAGUUAUUGAGAUGUUUUUACCUUCCCUUUCAUGGUCAAGGUUUCUAUUCUUCAAUUUUCAGAUAUCUAUUUUUAUUUCUCAAUCGACCAUUUUUUAAUGCAAUUAAUGAAGAUUUUGUGCUGAUGUGAAAUUGAAGUGUCGUUCAGAGAAUGUAUGCCUUGUAGUCUUGUACAGCGAUUUAAAUCUUAGCCUCUAGUUAGAUUUGGGUCAUGUCGGAUCCUAAUCGAAGCGUAUAUUUUUAUAUGAAGAAAUAAUUUAUGUCAAUAAAUGGCAAUCUAAA